GGGGCCGAGCCGGAGGCGGCUCACCUGGCGGGACAGUGGAAUCUGCCAGGUUUCUCCAGAUUUUUUAAGUUCUCCCUGGCUGCAGCAAGUAGAAGGGAAUGGAGGUGGCCAGAAUGGGAGCCUUGACAGUACCUGGGUGCCUGGCUGCAACAAAUCAUGCAAUGAGCCAUGCCCCGCCCUGGACACCCCCGCCCAUCAUCUGGGCCCCCACGCUUGGGACCCUGGGAGCGGCCAACAGAACUAUGCCUGGAGACUUUUGAUGAGCCAUCCCAACCCCCACCAAGCCGCCGCACCCGCAGGCCAGACCCCAAGGACCCUGGCCACCAUGGGCCCGAGAGCCUUACCUUCAUCUCUGGCUCUGCUGAGUCUGCUGCCGAGCCCCCAGCCUGUUGUCUGCUCUGGCGCCCCUGGGUGUGGGACUGGUGCCGGGCUGCCUUCUGCUUCCGCCGCUGCUGGAGUUGCCUCCAGCGGUGCGGGGCUUGCAUGCGGGGCUGCAGCCCCUGCUUGUCUGCUGGGGACUCCCCUGAGGGGGCUGCUGAAGCCAACUGGGCCAAAGAACACAAUGGAGUGCCCCCCAGCCCCGACCGUGCACCUCCCAGCCGGCGGGAUGGCCAACGGCUCAAGUCAACCAUGGGUAGCAGUUUCAGCUACCCUGACGUCAAGCUCAAAGGCAUCCCUGUGUAUCCCUACCGCAGCGCCACCUCCCCAGCCCCUGAUGCGGACUCCUGCUACAAGGAGCCACUGGCUGAACCCCCACCCAUGCGGCACAGCCUGCCCAGCACCCUUGCCAGCAGCCCCCGUGGCUCCGAAGAGUACUACUCCUUCCAUGAGUCAGACCUGGACCUGCCCGAGAUAGGAAGCGGCUCCAUGUCCAGUCGAGAGAUUGAUGUGCUCAUCUUCAAGAAGCUGACAGAGCUGUUCAGCGUACACCAGAUUGACGAGCUGGCCAAGUGCACAUCAGACACUGUGUUCCUGGAGAAGACCAGUAAGAUCUCGGACCUUAUCAGCAGCAUCACCCAGGACUACCACCUGGAUGAGCAGGAUGCUGAGGGCCGCCUGGUUCGCGGCAUCAUUCGCAUCAGUACCCGCAAGAGCCGAGCCCGUCCGCAGACCGCAGAGGGGCGCUCCAUGCGGGGUGCAGCCCCUGCUGCUGCCCCUGAUAGUGGCCACGAGACCAUGGUGGGCUCAGGGCUCAGCCAGGAUGAACUCACAGUGCAGAUCUCCCAGGAGACCACUGCAGAUGCCAUCGCCAGGAAGCUGAGGCCUUAUGGAGCCCCAGGAUACCCAGCCAGCCACGAUUCAUCCUUCCAGGGCACAGACACAGACUCGUCGGGAGCGCCGCUGCUCCAGGUGUACUGCUAACCCUCACCCGCCCAGUAUGGCCCACAGCUGAAGAGGGGAAGCAGGACCCCCUUUGGAGGAGGCUGGGCCACGCUGGCUCCUCCCACCUCGGCUGACUGGUUCCUGGACCAUGUGCAUUUCACUGGGCCAUGGUGCCCACGUCACUCUGGAUCCCUUGCUGGCCUGACCCCUGCCCGGGCCUGUUCCUUCCCGCCCGCGGUCUUCAGGCAGCCUGGAUCAUGGAAAGCAAAGACUUAGGAGUUACCUUCUGGGAUUGAAUCCCGGCUUUACCCCCAUAAAAUACACCCCAUAACCAGUCAUGCAAACUUCUCCCUCCACAGGAUGAGGGUGGGGGGAGAGGGUGACAGCUCAGAGCAGCUUAUCUUAAAUGGAUUGGGUUGGGGGGGGGGGGGCAGGCAGGGCCUCUGUCUUGAAUUCUGUGGGCAGUGCCCACUCCACCUUAUGUUCUGUUGGUUCUUGGCUGAUGUUCUAUAUCCUAACAUGACCAUAGUUGCAAGUACAAAGAUAGAUGACUGCCUGGUCAUCUCGGCUGAUACUGCCCUUUCUGUCCAAUCUGCUUGACCGAUACACAGAG